UCAAGACGAGCUCACAUCAGACUGCCUGGCGUUUUGUGUUUAUGUUAAUCCCUGAUCCCUGAUCCCUGCCCUAAGCAAGGCUUGAGAUGUUAUAAUUGUUUCUACAAAGGGAAGAGUCAAAAUGUACUGUGUGCUUGUAAUUUGUUAUAUGUUUGAAGACUUAAGUAGCAGAGAUUUCAGGUAAAAUAUGGAAUAGCGCCUAUUUGUCCUGAAACAUAUUUCCAGAACUGUAACCCUAAUCAAAGUGUGUGAUAGGGUAGAGUAAGUUCCACUAUGAAAUUAGCACCAGAAAUGAACCAUGUUCAAAUGCAAUUGAAAUCUGUAAGUUGGAGGAGGGAAAAAAACAGGUAAAGUGGCCUUUCCCAUCACCCUUUCAGGACUAUCUAGUAUCUUCUUCCCCAGUAUCUUACCUGCAUGUCACAUACAGUCAGGUGCCAACUAUUACAAAAAUAACAAAACCUAACAAAGUGAUAUGCAGCAAUUCUCUCCAGUGCAAUCAGUGAUAAAGAAAACGCCGAAGAUGGAUGUGAUUAAAGAGGAACUUGAUCGCCACUCUCUGUCUUCACACAGUGAAGGAGAACAGGUCAAUAACAUAAAACAUGAAGAUGACCCUGCACCACAACCGUUUUGUAUAGUGAAGACUGAAGCCUAUGAUGACUGUUGGGAUGGAACUGUUAUAAAGGAAGAACUGAAAGAUGAGGUCUCAGUAGAGGAGCAUGAGGAAUGUGUAGAGAGUGCACAGCAGUUGACUGCUUCACAGGGCUCCGUCCUUGGUCGGCCGAAAUCUGACGAAGAGUCUGAUGUCUCCAGAGAGGACAGUGGCUUGGUCAGCACAUUUCUACAUGUACAACUUGAUGGAAAAGUAGAAAAUAAUGUUCAAACUGUGAAUUUGGUUGACCCUUUAAGUACAGUGAGCAGUAAACAGUUUCCAGAAAACUCUUACUUUACAGAUUGUAUUAGUUCGCGUACAGAAGAGAAACCAUACAGUUGUGAUAUCUGUAACAAGACAUACUCGAGCAAAGGCUCUUAUAAGCACCAUUAUCGCAGUCAUACAGCCAAGAAGACAUUUGUUUGUGAUGUAUGCAAUAAGAAGUUUUCAAUACGUAAAAUUCUCAAGAAUCAUUAUCGUAUCCAUACCGGUGAGAAGCCUUUUGAGUGCAGCGUGUGUAAUGCAAAGUUCUCACGUAGCGCAAGUCUCCACAGGCAUCGUACUACACAUACAGAAAUUAAACAGUACAAGUGCAAUAUCUGUGGUAAAGACUUCUCAAGAAAUGAUCAUUUGAAGAAACAUUACCGCACACAUACAGGAGUGAAGAUUUACAAGUGUGAAGUGUGCAAUAAACAUUUUUCACAAAAGGAAAAUCUAGUGAUACACAGUUUUAUUCAUACAGGUAAAAAACCUUACACUUGUGAGGUUUGCAAUAGAAGUUUCUCCCAAGGUGGACAUCUGAAUGCACACAAACUUAUACACACCGGGGAGAAACCAUACAAUUGUGAUGUGUGUAACAAGAAGUUUCCAGUCCGAGAGAAACUGAGGCGUCAUUAUCGUAUUCAUACAGGCGAGAAACCAUAUGAAUGUGGCGUAUGUGAACGAAGCUUCACAGAACUUGGCAAUCUUAAGAGACAUCAUUCUCGUGUGCAUGACAAAGAAAUGCCUGAUAGUGGACAAGGAGUGGACAACGAGUAAUUCACAUCGUUAAAAUCUUCCUCUACCUUAGAAACAUUAUGUAUCAAAUUUUGAUAGGAUUGAACUGUAUAGCACCUUGAAAAUAAAUAAUUUUGUGUAUGUUUGUAUCUUGCACAAUAGCCUGCAAUGAAA